UCGCUCUCGGUUGAAGACCUAAGUCGAGUUUUCCCCACUUCUCAGCUUGUAUUACUAUUCAGGGUAUAUAUCUAUAUAUAUAUAAGUUUGAAGACCAAGUGGAAGAAGAUAUCCUUUAUUGAAUUAUAACUACUUGCCAACAUGACCACGAACGAACAACAAGCUCCCUUGGCUCCAAAAGACUCUCCAUACUUGUUUGAUCUUAGUAAAACGAAUCUUCCAAUCGAUGAAGUAUUUGACAGAUACUUACCGGUUCCAAGAGAGCAGUGUGGAAACUCGGUUCCAAUAUCUGACACUAAAGAAGAAGGUUACAGUUCGAUUUUUCAAAACUCUUUCAGUCCAGGUAAUGUGAAGGAAGCAUUAGCCAAGGAGUUUUUGACGGUUCAUUCUUCUAUCAGUACUAUGUUGAAAUUUCAUUUAGAUAAACAAUGCCUUGGAGUCAGAAAGUAUGAUCACGAUUAUCAUACCUUGGCUGAUGAGUAUAGUUAUAUCACUUAUCGAGAAAUGAACGAGCAGAAGAUCAAUCUUGGCUCGGGUCUUUUGUAUUUGCUUCAACAUAAUCCUUUUAAAGAUUCUAGCAAAUAUAGAUCCCAUGAAAAGAUUGAUCGUCAUCAUUUAGAUUUCGAUAAAUAUGAUGAAAAGGACUUGUCUUUUAUUUUAACCAUUUUUGGUCCCAAUAGACCAGAAUGGGUUAUAAGUGAUGUGAUGUGUGCAUCAUUUUCAAUCACCAAUACUGCGUUAUAUGAUACUUUAGGACCCGAUAGUUCGCUUUUCAUUUUAUCUGAAACCGAAUCUCCAGUUGUUGUUGCUUCUAAAAACCAUAUUCAUUCUUUGAUUGAUUUGAAGGCCAAACACCCAGAACAAUUAGGUAAUUUAAUCUCAAUCGUAUCAAUGGAUCCUUUAAACUUGAAGACAAACGCUGCAGAUCAAACUUUGGUGAAUUUGGCAAGAAAGUAUAAUAUCACUUUAUUCGAUUUCGAACAAGUUGUUCAUGUUGGUAAAAUGUUUCCUUCUUUAGAAUUACCUCCAAGACCUGAAAAUGUUUUCACCAUUAGUUAUACCUCGGGUACAAGUGGAAGUAAACCAAAAGGAGUGGUUUUAACUCAUAAGAAUGCUGCUAGUGGGAUUCUUUUACUUUCGAUGAAGAAUCCGAAAAAUAAAGUUAAAAGAGGUUUUUCAUUUUUACCUUUGGCCCAUAUUUUUGAAAGAGAAUUUGUUUGUCUUUACUUGAUCCAUGGUUACACCGUUGGAUAUCCUCGUCACGGUGGUACCCCUUUGACUUUGAUUGAUGACUUGAAGAGAUUUAAACCUACUCAAAUGGCUAAUGUUCCAAGAAUCUUAACUAAGUUUGAAAGUGCAUUGAAGUCGGCAACUUUUAAAGCUAAGUCUCCAAUUGUUUCGAAAUUAUAUACUCAUAUAAUCAAUUCAAAAAUUGAAUGGCAAUCAGAAUAUGAUGGUGCCACAGGUACUCAUGCUUUUUAUGAUAAAGUUUUCAUUUCUAAAUUACGUAAAGGUUUAGGCUUUGAUAACAUGGAAACACUCAUUACCGGUUCAGCUCCAAUAUCUCCUUCCACAAUUAAAUUCUUGAGAGCUGCUUUAAAUAUCGGAAUCAUGCAAGGUUAUGGAUUAACCGAAAGUUUUGCAGGGUUUUGUGCAAGUAAUCCCUUCGAUAAAGACCCCGGAUCUUGUGGUCCAACUUAUCCAACCACUGAAAUCAGAGUGAAAGAAAUCCCCGAAAUGGGUUAUACUGCAAAUGAUCCUCAAGGUGCAAGAGGUGAGUUAUUAUUAAGAGGUCCUCAAAUCUUUCGAGGCUAUUUCAACAACGAAGAAGAAACUUCCAAAGCUCUAGAUUCCGAUGGCUGGUUUCAUACUGGUGAUAUUGCUUUAAUUUCUAAAGACCAUGGUAGAUUAUAUAUAAUAGACCGGGUAAAGAGUUUUUUCAAGUUAGCUCAGGGGGAAUAUAUCACUCCUGAAAAGGUUGAAAACCAAUACUUGUCCAACAACCCUAUAUUGACCCAAUGCUAUGUAUACGGGAACUCCUUACAUCAUUACUUGGUUGCAGUUAUUGGUGUCGAUGUUCAUGGUAUCAAGAAAUUUUUGGUUUCCCAUUGUGGAUUAAAACAUGAAGCAGUCUCCAAACUCUCGGGCGAACUUGUCUUGGAAAACUUAAUUAAAAAGGAAAACCGUGUUAAACUUAUCCAAUACCUCAAUAAACAUGUCCCCCAUUUGCAAGGUUUUGAAAGAAUUCAAAAUGUUUAUAUUGAAUUUGAACCUUUGACCGCGGACCGUCAACUUCUCACCCCUACCACUAAAAUCAAAAGACCUUUCUGUGCCAAAUUUUUUAAAUCUCAACUUGAAAACAUGUACGAAGAAGGUCCCAUUGGCCAUAGAUCAAGAAUUUAGUUAUAUAGUACUUUAAUCAGUACUUUUUGCAAUUAGAAAUCCGUA